CUAAUGACUAAUGAGACCCAAGCGGCAAGCACAAAAUGGGAUGUUCACACCCCCCCUCCUUCUGGUUAAAACAGGUUCGUCCUGUCAGCUUAAACCCUCGAAAUACCCUUUCUGUACUGAUCCGUUUUUUGGUCGAAGUUCGAAAAUCUUGAGUCCCGGAGGCAGCCAUGAAUCGGGCCAAGGGUGUCUUAGCAUCUCUCAGACUCGCCAACUCGCGCCGCGUUGCUCUGCUUUUGAGAACUCAACCACUUUCAUCUCAGGUGAUUCAGUUUUCCAAUCUCUCUCCUUGUCCCUUUUCUCUCUUUAAACCGACUUGUAUUUACGAUUUUCUCAAUACCCAUCAAAAGAAUUUCUUCUCCUCAAAGCCAAACUCGAUUGCUGAGCUUAUAUUGUGCAACGAUUGGUCCGAAGAGUUAGAACAUGAGUUGAGAAAUUCAAUCCCAAUAUUGACCCAUGAAACUGUUAUCUACGUUUUGAGGAAGCUUGAUAAAGACCCAGAGAAAGCUUCAGAAUUUUUCAAUUGGGUCUGUGAAAAAAGUAGGUUUAAGCCCAGUAGUGCAAUAUGUAGCUUAAUGCUUCGAACAUUCGUUAAUGGUGGGUACAUGAAGGAGUUCUGGGUCACCAUGAGGAAAAUGAAAGAACAGGGGUUUUAUAUUGAUGAAGAAACUUACAUAACAAUUCUAGGAAUUUUCAGGAAAGAGAAAAUGGCUAGUGAUGCUGCAGCAUUAACCCAUUUCUAUAAUAGGAUGGUUCAAGAUAAUGCUAUGGAUGCUAUUGCAAAGAAGGUAGUCAAUAUCGUUAUAGGGUCCGAGUGGGACGAUGUGGUUGGAAAAGAAUUGGGGGAGCUUAAGAUAUCUCUCUCAGAUAAUUUUGUAUUGCGUGUUCUGAAGGAGCUUCGAGGACACCCUCCAAAAAUUCUGAGGUUUUUUCACUGGGCAGGUCAAGGGCCCAGCUAUGAACACAGUAGUAUUACUUAUAAUGCAACUGUGAGGGUACUUGCUCGAGGUGAUUCAAUUGCGGAGUUCUGGAACAUGGUUGAGGAGAUGAAGACUGCAGGUUAUGAAAUGGAUAUUGACACUUACAUAAAGAUUUCAAGGCAGUUCCAGAAGAUCAGGAUGAUGGAGGAUGCUGUGAAACUUUAUGAGCUUAUGAUGGAUGGUCCAUAUAAGCCCUCGAUUCAGGAUUGCAUCCUACUUUUGCGGACCAUCGCAGCAAGUAGCAAGCCAAACUUGGAUUUGGUAUUUAGAGUUGUGAGGAAAUAUGAGGCAACAGGUCAUUCCCUCUCCAAAGCUGCUUAUGAUGGGAUUCAUAGGUCUCUAACGAGACUGGGAAGGUUCGAUGAAGCAGAGAAGAUUAUGGAGGCCAUGAGAAAUGCAGGAUAUGAACCUGACAAUAUCACCUAUAGUCAACUAGUCUUUGGACUUUGUAAAGUGAUGAGACUAGGAGAAGCAUGUAAGGUUCUCGAUGAAAUGGAAGAGCGUGGAUGUCUUCCUGAUCUGAAAACUUGGACCAUUUUGAUUCAAGGGUGUUGUUCUGCUAACGAACUAGAUAAGGCAUUGUUAUGUUUUUCAAAGAUGAUGGAGAAAGAGUGUAAUGCUGAUGCUGAUCUCUUGGAUGUGUUAGUGAGUGCUUUUCUUAGCCAAAAGAGGAUAAAUGGUGCAUACACUUUUCUUGUUGAGAUGGUGAAUAAGGCUCGAUUAAGACCUUGGCAAGAUACAUAUAAAAAUCUAAUCCAAAAGCUUUUGGGAGAGAGGAAACUUGAAGAAGCAUUAGAGCUUCUUCGAUUAAUGAAGAAACACAACUACCCACCUUUCCCAGAACCUUUCGACGCAUAUAUUUCAAGGUUUGGAACAGUGGAGGAUGCCUGGGAAUUUUUAAAGGUGUUAAGUUUUAAGGAAUACCCUUCCCCUUCAGCUUACCUUCGUGUUUUUAAAUCAUUUUUUGAAGAAGGCAGGCAUUCUGAGGCAAAAGAUCUGCUUUAUAAGUGCCCUCAUCAUAUUCGUAUGCAUGUGGACAUUUGUAAGCUCUUUGGUUCUGCAAGUAGCAACAAGGUUACUAGUUGACAUUGUCCUAAAAUAAGAGGAAAUCAUAUUGAAGUUUUGUUGUACUAGCUAACUCUCUGGGCGCUUCCUAGGUUAGAUUUUCCUCUUUCCUUUUUUUUUCCCCCAUUUCACUUCAACCAUAUUGUUAUUUUAAUUCUUUCAAGUGUUUCAAUCUUAAUUUAUGUUACCAUAGGGUGAUUCUUGUUGUCUAUAUAAUAAAAACAACUUUUAAAUUGUUUAA